UGCAGAAGAAGAAGCAGCUUAAGGGAAGUGAAGUUACCGCAGUGUGCGCUUCGUUGUCUCCUGAAAUCUGUUCAUUAUUGCGACGUAGUGUAAAUGUUAAUCUGGGGUUUUAUCUGCUAGUCAAAACAACCUGACUUUUUUGUUUUUAAACGCCUCACAAUACUGUACAGAAUGGCCACUGAUUCAGGCUACGGUGGCUCACAGAGCUAUGGAUCAUAUGGUGGGCAGCAGGGUGGCCAGGCAUAUGGGCAAGGAAAUGGCAGCGGCUCUUAUACGGGGCAGAGCUACAGUGGCUAUGGACAACAAGCUGAUAGUUAUGGCCAGUCCCAGGUAGGCUAUGGUCAGCAGCCACAGACCUAUGAGGGAUAUGGGCAGGAUGCGUCUGGGUAUGGCGACAAGUCAUCCUCCUAUGGGCAGCAAGGUUCAUAUGGUGCACCUAGCCAAGGAGGUGACAGUUAUGGACAGCAGGGAUCCUAUGGGGGACAGAGUGGCGGUAGCAGCAGUGGUGGUGGCAGUUAUGGUAGCCAAGGACAAGGAGGUGGAAGUGGUGGCUAUGGUGGACGGUGGAAUGAUGGUGAAGGUGGUGGGAGGUAUGGACGUGAUGCCGACCGUUCAGAAGGAGGAGGGGGUUACAGAGGGGGCCGCGGCCGCGGUGGAUAUGACCGUGGAGGCUAUGAUCGUGGUGGUUAUGACCGCAGCGGCUACGAUCGUGGUGGAAGAGGCGGACCUCCUGGUAUGGGAGGUGGUGACCGUGGUGGCUUCAAAAAUUACGGUGGAUCUCGAGACUAUGGCUCAAGGGAUGAACCAGCUGGGGAGCAGGACAACUCUGACAACAACACCAUUUUUGUUCAGGGACUGGGAGAAGACGCCACGGUUCAGGAAGUUGGUGACUUCUUCAAACAAAUUGGAAUCAUCAAGGUGAACAAGAAGACCGGCCAACCAAUGAUCAACAUCUACUCAGAUAAGGCUACUGGUCGUCCAAAAGGAGAAGCUACAGUGUCAUUUGAUGACCCUCCUUCUGCCAAAGCUGCCAUUGAUUGGUUUGAUGGCAAGGACUUCAACGGCAAACCCAUCAAAGUAUCAUUUGCUACUCGAAGAGCUGAGUUCACUCAGCGAGGAGGUGGGAGAGGUGGAAGAGGAGGUUUCAGAGGCCGUGGUGGAGGAGGGCCUAAUUUUGACAUCAAGGGUGGAGACUGGCCUUGUCCCAACAGUUCCUGCGGUAACAUGAAUUUUGCACGGCGGCAAGAGUGCAACAAGUGUGGUGCGCCCAAACCGGGAGAUAGUGGAUUUGGAGGAGGAGACCGUGGAGGCAGAGGUGGUUUCGGCGGUGACAGGGGUGGUGGAUUCAGAGGUCGCGGAGGUUUCCGUGGGGGUGACCGUGGCGGCUAUGGAGGAGGUGGUUACAAAAUGGGUGGAAGAGGUGAACGCAGAGACGACAGAAGAGACCGGCCUUAUUAAGUGUUGAGCAGACGGACACCAUUCCAGCCCUGUAGUUCGCUGUGGAGGGAGGGUUUAAUUCAGAUCAGCUGGCAAACACACCGGAGGAAAGGGAUGGAUCGGACUCUUCUGAUUUGUACCUUUUCAAAGCCAUUGCAUCCCAACAUUAACUCUAGCUGAGAGGGAAGGAUGUGUUGAGCUACUGUGAAGGUUCAGUGGGGCUGCUUGGAAGUGUUGGCAUGUUUUUGUUUUUGUUUUUUUUUUCCUUUAUUUCUUUGUACAUCUUUUUAAUUUCUCAGAUUCUAGGUGCAGAUGUUUUGUGUGGUAGGCUUCUUACCAUUGUUUUGUAUGAAAGGAAUAAAAGUGUUUUACUUGGUUCUUUUUUUUUCAGAAUGAUAUUAAAAACUGUGAUCUUUUCCUCUGG